UAUAAAAAUCAAAAUAGGUGAGAGAAAAUCCAGAAAUCUUCCCAAAAACAGAGAAAUGAAAGUGAAUGAUAAAGUAAAAUCGAAGAUGAAAGAAAAUAAUUCCGCCAUUUUUAUGCAACAUGCAAUUCUCUCUCUUCUCAUACUACUACUUGUACCUUCUUCCUAUGCUCGAUCAACCGUUGAUGAACCUUACGAUGUUCGUCAGCAUCUUUCUACUGUAACUAGAUAUGGAGCUGUAAAAGAUAUUGUGGAUAAUGAAUUUGUACCUUCUAAUAAAACUGAUGAUUGUACACCUGUGCAUAUCAAUCUUGUGGCAAGGCAUGGAACAAGAGCCCCUACUAAGAAACGAAUUAGGGAAAUGGAUAGGCUAGCCACUUCACUGCAAGCACUUAUAGCAAAUGCAAAAGAACGCAAAUUAUCUUUGGAUAAUGUUCCUGCUUGGCUAUUUGAAUGGACAUCUCCAUGGAAGGGAAAGGUAACAGGUGGAGAAUUGAUUGUCAAGGGAGAAGAAGAACUCUAUGAUCUUGGAAUCAGGAUUCGAGGAAAAUAUCCAAAUCUAUUAAAUGAUGAUUACCACCCUGAUGUGUAUACCAUAAAAGCAACUCAGGUUCCUCGGGCAUCUGCUAGUGCUGUGGCUUUUUCAAUGGGGCUUUUCAGUGAGAGAGGAAGCCUUGGGCCAGGAAAACAACGAGCUUUUGCUGUUAGUACAGAAAGUCGUGCUAGUGACUUAUUGCUGAGGUUUUUUGAUACCUGCCAAAGCUAUAAGAACUACAGGAAAAAUGAGGAGCCUGCUGUUGAGAAGAUAAAGGAGCCUAUUUUUAAUGAAAUCACUCAUGCCUUAAUCGGACGCUAUGGAUUAAAUUUCACCAGACAUGAUAUAUCUUCUCUCUGGUUUUUAUGCAAGCAGGAAGCAUCAUUGCUAGACAUAACUAAUCAAGCUUGUGGUCUUUUUAAUCCAACUGAGCUUGCUCUGCUGGAGUGGACAGAUGAUCUGGAGGCCUUUGUAUUGAAAGGAUAUGGAAAAUCUGUGAACUACCGCAUGGGAUUGCCUUUGCUUAAAGAUGUAGUUGAGUCCAUGGAGCUUGCUAUCAAGGCUAAUGAAGCUCUUCCCAUUGGGAGUUAUGAGAAGGCAAGGCUUCGAUUUGCUCACGCUGAGACUGUGGUUCCAUUUUCAUGUCUUCUUGGUCUCUUUCUUCAAGGAUCUGAAUAUAAUCUCAUUCUUAAGGAAACACCAUUGGAGCUCCCUCCUAUGCCUCCCAAAAGGCGAACUUGGAGAGGUAGUGUCGUGGCUCCAUUUGCUGGGAACAACAUGCUUGUACUUUACAGUUGUCCUGCCAGAAAGAGCAAGUAUUUUGUUCAUGUACUGCAUAAUGAGCAUCCAGUACCUUUACCGGGCUGCGUCAACUCUGACUUUUGUCCAUUUGAAGUUUUCAAGGAAAGGAUACUUGAGCCUCAUAUGAAGGAUGAUUAUCAGGCCAUCUGCACGGUGAAGGAUGUUGUGCCAAUGCCUGCAUACAGCAAGUUUUCAUCGCUGUUUGGUUGGCUGUUCUCCUGGCAGGGUAAUGCAAAGGAUUCUGACAAAGCCGACUUAUAAUGGGCCUCAUUCCUAUAAAGGGGUUCUGCCUACUCUUGGUUUUGAUACUCUUAUCUGAACAAGUCAUCAUUUGAUUUCAGCUGCUGGAUCCAUAUAGCAGAGUUCUUUUUUGGUUGAUCUUUCUGCUCUUCUGCAUUGAUUUUGCGGAACACAAAUAUGGAAGCAUCAGCAACUUCACUAUGCAGGACUGCUGUUGGCCUCAAUGUUAGAUCUGGAGUUCAGUUCUUAACAAAUGAAGAGUGAUUUACCUGGUGACAGUGAUGGGAGUGAACUUCACCGAUGCUUGCUGCCUCUGCCUAGCUGUGUUUUAUACUGAAGAAUGUUCACUUGAUUUUAGUUAUUCAAAUCAGAAUUCCUUUUUUUUUUUUUUUUUGAAACAUUUUUGUGUUUGUGACUUUAAAUAACUAAAACUUAAAAAAUUUAGAACUAAUUUAAUUUUUUAGUACUAAUUUAAUUAAGAUCUGAUUGAUACAACUAUUCUAAAUUAAUUCUUUACAUUACUCU